AUGACAUCAAAUCCUCCUACUUCUUUACCGCCGCCAGGCAACGAGGGCGACGCUGCCCCUGCUCCAGGCAGAGACCAGAAAUGGAUCGCCACGUUAGUGGAUAAACUGGUCCCUGUGUUUCAAGCCCAGAGUGGAACUUCAUCUGCUGAAGCGGCAAUGCAGACCGAUUCUCAAGGCAAGACUCCUUCCAGCGGACAAGCUCCGGGGCCAUUACAGCCGGAUGCCGCAGUCCCGGGCACAAUCGCAAACUUCAUCACAAAGGACUCUGGUCAUGAACAGCACCAAGGCUUGGGUCCCAAUAGGGGUUCUCCCCGCGACAAUCCCGCAACCAAUGACUCCGGUUGCUUGACGGAAACCGAAUCCUCAGGGACCACACCACCCCCCAUCAAGAAGUCACGCAAGCGUGUGACUCGCAGUCAAACAAAAAAACCCUCAACUGCCAGAGCGGUGGAUCUGCUGAUCAAGAACCCCGACAAUCCCGUGCCGUCUCCACAACAAGCCCAGGGCUCAGUUCCCACCACCGACACCGGCCUGUCCACCGGCCCUUCAAAUGACAACCCAUCUGCCAGUACAGCAGAUCUACAGUCGCCCACCCUCAACACUCAAGCCGCUGAGCCAAUGGAUAUAAACCCCUGGGACCCCAUUCCUGAUGAAUCACUCCAGGGCAUCGGUCCCCUUCAAUCAUCGACCAAUCCGCCACCUCCUCAUGUUUGCACGGCAGACUCCAACCGUUCCCCCAAAACCUCCGCGCCGAACAAUCCAGCGCACAGCCUUCAUCAGACACGUAAAUGA